CUCCCUGGCUUUCUGGAACUCGAGGCGUGGUCGCCCUGUCCGGGUCUGCAUGCCUAUCCUGGGGAUCCCUCCACCACCAAUCAGGCACGAACGGUCCCUCAUUUGCUCUUUUUGUUUUGUUUUCUCUAUUAUCUUCUAUUGUUACCAUGUUAUCUGCCCCAACUGGGGACUAUCUCACCAGUUAGGCAGUGGACGGCGGCGACAGGCCGAACGUGGCGCGUUGGGCGAUCAUCCGUCGGCGAAUCAUGACGUGCUCUGCAUCCUCGACAUCCCAGGAGGAAUGAUGUCAGGGCACGAAAAUAGCAGAGACAACAGAUGGGGUGGUCGGUGCUCUCUGCCCCUCUCUGUGUCUUCCCCGUUUCAGGGCUCGAGUCAGGCACUUGACAACGUUUCAGAUUCAGAUAUACCAACCAACCCACCAGCCUGACGAUGCGGAGACCCUCCUGCCAGGGCGGAGCUCACAUGAGAAUGCAAUCAGGGACAGAGACUGGGAGAUGCGAUCUCUGACUAAGAAGCCUGGGAUCCACUGAAAGAGCGGUGAAUGGCCUCAUUUUUGGUCCCGAUUGUACCUGUCGAGCCUUGAUAGGUCCUUGGCCUUCGGUCGAUCCAACGGUGGAGCGUUCGACUCCCAACUCUCUUGUCGGCUCUUCUGGUAAUGCAGCUGGCUUGGUCUGGGUUUCCUCUCGGUUCUCGCGACUGAUCUGGCAGUGUCAUGGCCCGUCGUCGUCCAGCACGUCGGCGAUUUCUGCGGCCGCUGCCAGGCUGGCUGGUGUAUAAGAGAGCAGCUCACCAGGAUGGGAC